GAGAUAGGCGACAGAGCAGUGAGGUUUGCAGCUAUCCCGAAGUGUUGUUCCUUCCGGUUAUGGUCAUGUGACAUCACGUGUACUUUACUCCGCAACGGGUAUGGUGGAUUCAAUUCCACUUUACGCGGACGCGUCUUCUAACUAAACCACCGCGUUUUUCUAGGAUGCCUGGACGAUACUGCAGUGGCUGAUACGGUUUGUAACUUCAAUUUAUGUUAUAUGUGAUGUUUUCAGAUUCAACGCUUGUGUAUUAUACUCGGUCCUUGAAAGAAGGUGAAUUCAGGCUCUUGAAUUCCCCGUGAGAAGUGACCGCGCUGAAUUCCUCCUUCAAUUGUCCUGUCCGGGAGCCAACCGAAUUAAAGUCGGCCAACGAAGUCGCACAUCAUGGCGGGGGUGGAUUUUUCAAAUAUUUACUCUGCUACGUAUAGUAGUGUCCCGGUCAUUGAGUUAAAAAUCGAUAGCGACAGUGUUAUGCGAAGACGGGGUGAUGAUUGGAUUAAUGCGACACAUAUCCUCAAAGUGGCUGGGUUUGACAAGCCGGCAAGAACCCGUAUCCUCGAGCGUGAGGUCCAGAAAGGGGUUCAUGAGAAGGUACAAGGUGGUUAUGGUAAAUAUCAAGGGACAUGGAUUCCACUUGCAGAAGGCCGGUUGCUCGCCGAGCGCAACAAUAUCAUCGAUAAAUUACGACCGAUUUUCGACUACGUAGCUGGAGAUCGCAGCCCGCCGCCUGCUCCGAAACAUACGUCGGCCGCGUCGAAGCCACGAGCUCAAAAGAAUGCGGCUGCAAACCGGCGGGUCGUACAUGAGGAGGUUUUCAGCGCAGUGAAGCCGCAUCGCAGCAUGGGGCCGCCCAGUUUUACUCACGAUCAAUAUGAUAUGAAUCCUGGGUUCGACGAAGAUGAAUCGAUUGAGCAGGCAACCCUUGAAUCUUCCUCCAUGGUCGCAGAUGAGGAGAUGAUGCACAUACCUCAGAAUGGUAACUACACGCGAAAGCGUAAGCGUGGUAUGAAUGAGGUAACUGCGAUGUCAAUUAGCGAACAGGAACAUAUACUUUACGGAGAUCAGCUUUUGGACUACUUCAUGACUGUAGGAGAUGCUCCGGAAGCAACCCGAAUUCCUCCACCGGAACCUCCAACCAAUUUCCAGGUGGAUCGUUCAAUAGAUGAUUCAGGGAACACCGCUCUUCAUUGGGCUUGCGCGAUGGGUGAUUUGGAGAUAGUAAAAGAUUUGCUGCGGAGGGGGGCCGACGUGAAAACACUCUCAAUACACGAAGAAACACCACUUGUGCGUGCUGUUCUAUUUACAAAUAAUUAUGAAAAAAGGACUUUCCCGCCGUUGUUGGACCUACUCUUGGACACAGUAUCGUUCAGAGACUGGUUUGGUGCCACCAUAUUUCAUCACAUAGCAGAAACCACCAGGAGCAAAGGGAAAUGGAAAAGCUCGCGGUACUACUGUGAAGUUUUGCUCGACAAGUUACGCAUCACUUGCACGUCAGAGGAGAUCGACGUGUUACUAUCCUGUCAAGACUCGAAUGGAGAUACGGCUGCUUUGGUUGCUGCUCGAAACGGUGCGUUUCGUUUGGUGCAGUUGCUCCUCACGCACUGCUCGCGCGCUGGGGACUUGGUGAAUAAGAAAGGCGAAACAGCUGCCAGUAUUUCUCAACGCGCGAACCAAUCUGACCGACAAAUCCCUCCGCCGCCUUCCUCCAUCACGAUGGGUAAUGACCAUAUUGAUGUUGAAAUUACUGGCACGGUUCAUAGCGAUCAUCAAUCUGUUGCCCCACCGCAUGAUCCCCCCCCUUCAACUUCUGCACUACUCGCUAAGAUUGGCGUGAUUAUGGCCGAGGCAAACAAGAAGCUUGCAGUCAGCUACGGCAGCUCAAAGGCCAACCAACAAGACCCGGAUGACGUUGCAAACCCGGAAGCACUAUAUGAACAGUUAGAGCUAGAUCGACAGAAGAUUCAACAACAGACGGCAGACUUGGUGGCGAAGGAAGCCAAGGAAGAUCAUGCUGACGCCCAGUUCAAGCGUUAUGAACGGUUGAGAAGUGGCUACGAAUCGCUCUUGGAACAGAUCCAACAAGCCCGUCUAAGAGAACGAAUCGCAUCGUCGACAUUGCCUACUGAUGAGGACCCGAGCGCACCGUCAACCGAUCAGGACGGGUUGCUUACUAUCUAUCAGUUAGCCCAACAGCUAUGCUCAGCGCAAAAAGCACGGCGUGCCGCUGUCAAAGAUCUCGCCCAGCAAACGGCAGAUGCAGGUGUAAGCACCAAGUUCGAUGUUCAUCGGAAGCUUGUGUCACUUGCUACUGGGCUUAAAGAAGAAGAACUCGACCCCAUGGCCGCUGAACUGGCAGAGACCUUAGAGUUUGACCGAAUAAAUGGGAAAGGCGGAGGGGGAGAGUCGCCAGAGCCAGAACACCAGGGGUCGGCAAACUUUCCUCUCACUGGACCUGCAGUGUCGGUCGAUGCCUAGGACAUGAAGGGAUCUAUUCCCCGAUAAACCACGCUUACUAGAUCGAUUUGGUUGUGAGCGUAUCUGUUUUGCUGUAUCUGUUAAGGGCUGGAUAUGAUGUUUUACGCAUUUUCUCAUUCCGCAGAGAAUUACGUUUCUCUACUCUAUGUGUUAUUUUUCUUAUCUACAUGGACACGUCGCUCCUUACGAAUUCGUGGUUUUUUUCCUUUUUCUGUGUUUGUCCCUUGUUCACUAUUCAUUAGCUUCUGGCGGGGACUGAGAGACUGUCUUGCCAGCAGAUACCCAAUUGUCUUUUUUGUCCCUUUUGGAGACAUCCAAUGUGUUUAUUGCACUUGUUUGCUGAAUUACCUGGUGUAUGUAUCUAUUAUUCAAACAUGGCACAAUGGCAAACCGGACCAUACAUACAGGAAGAACCUAAUAAGAGCACUCAAUCUUGAGGCCGGUGAUAUUAUUGCAAUAGAUAGAUGAGGUAUGUACACACGGAAAUCAAUGCCAUGGUAUGAAUGUAUAUGAUUGAUGUUCACUCGGUAGUGGAGUAAGUAUAGUCGAUACUAAUAGAGACGGAGUACAGUA